GGCCAGAUGGUUUCUCCCUCCUCGCCACUGUGUUAUUUCAAUCGUCGCUGUGACAGUGGGUCGGCAUCCGGCGCCGCUGUAUAUAUAUAUAUAUAUACACAGGUGGGUGGCUUUACCUCAGUCUCAUGCUUUCUCCUGAGCUCUCCUUGUGGUGGUGACUGCAGCCGAGCGUGCUGGAUCUGGCGUGGCAGAUCGGGACACACAUAAUACCGCUGGUACAAUGAUGCUGGGAGACGGGUCGCUCCGUUCAGCGUGCCGUGGGUGCUUCUGUGUCGGCAGGUAUACGUGCUGCUGUUUUUGUGGGAUGUCCUCCGCCUGCAUUGCUGCUACGCUGCGCCACGGCUAAUCGGGCUGCAGCUAAGCGUGUGGUUCGUUGGACGCCACCGCUUCCCUGGACUGGCUGCUGUUUCGGCUCUUUUGUCUCGGCUGUCUUGGUGUCUACAACUCGCUGUUUCGGCUCUUUUGUCUCGGCUGUCUUGGUGUCUACAACUCGCUGUUUCAGCUCUCUUGUCUCGGCUUUCUUGGUGUCUACGCCUCUCUUUUCCGGCUCUUUGUUUUCCUACGGCCCUUUUGGUGCUCUACGGCUGUGUUGGCGUGUAUUUUCUGUAGGCUUAUCGCCUCAGUGUGUUAGAUUUAUUGCAUUGCACUUUUGGUGUUAAAAGCCUUAGGCUACAAGGACUAUGACGCCUCAUAUUGUACAUGUGUUUUACAUGCUGUUUUGUUGCGUGAGUGCGUGUGCGUGUAUUUUUAAUAGUGUAUAUUGGUCUGGUCACCAGCUCUGCUAAAAUUGGGAGUACUAAUUAUCUGUUUCUUUUGUGCAGGUUUGGUGAGCCUCGGCGGCAGUUUAAUCCCUGGUGGUGGUUCACAGAUCCCCUUUUUCAUUGGUGUGUCAUGUCACAGAGGAACUUGGACAGAGACUUUGAGAGUUUACAGUCUGAGAACAAGACACAGAAAACAAGAGAAGGAAACACAAUGGCCAAAUUCAAAUCAUUUCAGAUGUUUCUGAUCCUGAUGAUUCCAUUUACAGCAGUGACUCUCCACAGAGCCUUCAGUGUCAGAGUUGGAGAUGAAGCUACUUUACCUUGUAAAGAUGUCAAAGAUAAUCAGGAUAAAUGUAACAGUACUACCUGGAUCUUCAAUUACUUACGAACUGCACCAUCAGUAACACUGUUUCAAUUUGGGAAGAUUCACAGAGAAGCUGAAUCUAAAUCAGACAGACUGAAUGUUACAGAGAAAUGUUCUCUGGUUAUAAAGAAGGUCACAUAUGAGGAUGCUGGUCGUUACACCUGCAGACAGUUUGAUGAAUCAGGAAAACAAGUUACAUACUCUUCUGUGAAUCUGAUUGUUACUUACACUGCAGUGACCCACCAUAGAUCCUUCAUCAGUGUCAAAGUUGGAGAUGAAGCUACUUUACCUUGUGAAGAUGUCACAGAUCUUCCUGAUAAAUGUCUCAGUACAACCUGGGCCUUCGAUUACUUAACAACUAAACCAGCAGUACCACUGAUUGUUUACGGGAAGAUUACCAGAGAAGCUGCAUCUAAAUCAGACAGACUGAGUGUUACAGAGAAAUGUUGUCUGGUUAUAAAGAAGGUCACAGAUGAGGAUGCUGGUCGUUACACCUGCAGACAGUUUAUAUCAGGACAAAUAGUUACAAACUCUGAUGUUUAUUUGACUGUUGUUAAAAGAGACAAUGUAGCAAUACCACCAGUAACAACAACCAAAAGAACAACAAAAGCAACAACCAGACCAACAACAACAACCAAAAGAACAACAAAAGCAACAACACUGCCACCAACAACAGACCCAGCAGCAGCAGAAACAAGCCUAAAUGCAGGUUGUUGGAUCAGGUUGAUCUUUGUUCUUGUGGGUGUAGCAGCGCUCCCAUUGAUUGUUGUGUCAGUCAACAUUUGGACCAGAACAAAAGGUUCCAAAACACAUGGUGGCAAGAAGCACAGUAAUGAAGACAAUGAUGUGGUGACGUAUGAAAAUGCUGAAGACGUUUCUGCUCCUGUUAGAUUCCACAGAUCAACAAAUCAGCUGUAAAAAUAUUUCUUAUCUGCAGUUAUUUCAAACACAGCAGCUGGAUUUAAACAUGAUUGAACAGGAAAGAGAGAACAGAGCAAAACAGGAUCCGCUUUACUGCUGGAACAGGACUAGAAGUCUGUUUUUAUCUGAUCAGUAAAGACAAUAAAAACAACAAAAUAUCAGUACAAUCAUUUAAGUAUUUUCUUCUUUUGGUUCAAUAUUUAGCUUGCUUUGUGUUAUUUUUUAUCACCACUAGAACUCAUGAAAUUUUAAUUGCUGUGGUUUUGUUGUUGUUGCUUGUCAGGAGUUUAUUGUGUUUAAAUGAUAUAUGAGCUUUCAUUUUUCUGUUUUUUUUAUUUAAUAUGUUUUCUUUAUUAUCUUAAAAGCAUUAUAUUACGAGCUGUCUGAAGAUUUUGGUUGUUUUUGUCUCAUUUUUGUAACAUAUGAAAGUCACUGUAAUGUAUUUAGUGUUUUUUGUUGCUGUUGUUUGUCAGGAGUUUGAAUGAGAUUUGAACAUUAAGUGUUUCUGAUGAUGAUUAAAACUGAUUAGUAAAAAAAAUGCA